GCACCCCGGAGGCUCCCCUCUGACGCCGGCUUCGGGCGUCGGCCUGCCUCCCCUGAGCCGGCGCCAUCAUGCUGCUGCCCGUGUUCACCCUGAAACUGCGCCACAAAAUCAGCCCCCGCAUGGUGGCCGUAGGGCGCUACGACGGGAUUCACCCGUGCCUGGCGGCCGCCACCCAAACGGGCAAGGUUUUUAUUCAUAAUCCUCACACACGAAGCCAGGAUGUCAGUGCAUCAAGAGUCUUCCAGAGCCCUCUGGAGUCUGAUGUGUCUCUCCUGAACAUUAACCAGACAGUCAGCUGCUUGACUUCAGGAGUACUGAACCCUGAACUUGGCUAUGAUGUGCUUUUAGUGGGAACACAGACAAAUCUUUUAGCUUAUAAUGUCUACAAUAAUUCAGAUUUGUUCUACAGAGAGGUAGCAGAUGGUGCAAAUACCAUUGUGCUGGGGACAUUGGGCGACAUUGCCCCUCCUCUUGCAAUUAUUGGUGGAAACUGUGCCUUGCAGGGUUUUGAUCAUGAAGGGAAUGAUCUCUUUUGGACGGUUACUGGAGAUAAUGUUCAUUCUUUGGCCUUGUGUGACUUUGAUGGUGAUGGAAAGAAAGAGCUUCUUGUUGGAUCUGAGGAUUUCGACAUCCGAGUUUUUAAAGAAGAUGAGAUUGUGGCAGAAAUGACAGAAACAGAGGUAAUCACCUCUCUGUGUCCCAUGUACGGCAGUCGAUUUGGUUAUGCCCUUUCCAAUGGCACAGUUGGAGUUUAUGACAAAACAGCAAGAUACUGGAGAAUUAAAUCCAAAAAUCAUGCCAUGAGCAUUCAUGCUUUUGACCUAAACUCUGAUGGAGUGUGUGAACUGAUAACUGGGUGGUCUAAUGGGAAGGUUGAUGCUCGUAGUGAUCGAACUGGAGAGGUCAUCUUUAAAGACAACUUCAAUUCUGCAAUUGCUGGCGUGGUAGAGGGAGACUACCGGAUGGAUGGCCACGUACAGUUAAUCUGCUGCUCAGUGGAUGGGGAAAUUCGAGGCUAUCUCCCAGGCAUGGCUGAGAUGAAGGGGAAUCUCAUGGACACCAGCAUGGAGCAGGACCUGAUCCGGGAGCUGAGUCAGAAAAAGCAGAAUUUGUUGUUGGAACUUCGCAACUAUGAGGAAAACAUGAAGGCUGAACUGAGCAGUCCAUUGAAUGAGGGUGACGGGCAGAGGGGUGUAAUCCCAGCCAAUACCAGGCUCCACACUGCCCUCUCAGUCCACAUGGGGAAUGAGAAACAAGCUGCACAUGCGGAGUUACGCAUUUCCACUUCCAAUGACACCAUCAUCCGAGCAGUAUUAAUUUUUGCUGAGGGAAUUUUUGCGGGUGAAAGUCAUGUGGUCCACCCUAGCAUUCACAACCUUUCCAGCUCUAUCUGUGUCCCAAUUAUACCUCCCAAGGAUGUCCCUGUGGAUCUGCAUGUGAAAACCUUCGUGGGCUACAGAAGCAGUACCCAGUUCCAUGUAUUUGAAUUGACGAAACAGCUCCCCCGCUUCACCAUGUAUUUGAUAACCAGCCCAGACUCGGCCAGUGAGCCCCUCGGUUAUGUGAACUUUACCAUUGCAGAACGGGCACAGAGGAUGGUUAUGUGGGUCAACCAGAAUUUUCUGAUGUCAGAAGACAUUACCUUCCAGAAUGCUCCAUUUCAAGUGUGUUUCACAUCCUUACGGAAUGGUGGCCUGCUCUACAUAAAAAUAAAAUCAAGUGGCGAGAUCACAGUGAAUACUGAUGAUAUUGAUUUGGCUGGUGAUAUCAUCCAGUCGCUGGCAUCAUUUUUUGCUAUCGAAGACCUUCAGGUAGAAGCGGAUUUCCCCAUAUACUUUGAAGAAUUACGAAAGGUGCUGGCUAAGGUGGAUGAGUAUCAUACAGUGCAUCAAAAGCUUAGUGCUGACAUGGCUGAUAAUUCCAACCUGAUCCGCAGUUUGCUGGUCCGAGCUGAGGAUGCUCGUCUGAUGAGGGACAUGAAAACAAUGAAGAAUCGCUACAUGGAGCUCUAUGACCUUAACAAAGAUUUGCUGAAUGGAUAUAAGAUUCGCUGUAACAAUCACACAGAACUGUUAGGAAACCUUAAGGCAGUGAAUCAAGCAAUUCAAAGAGCAGGUCGUCUACGCGUUGGAAAGCCAAAGAACCAGGUCAUCAAUGCAUGUCGGGAUGCGAUUCGAAGCAACAACAUCAACACCCUGUUCCGAAUCAUGCGAGUGGGGACUGCAUCUUCGUAGGAGGCGCAGAAGUGUGGAACAAGGUUCUCCCAAGAUGGGGAAGCUGCUUUGUUUUGGAUCCUACAGUAAGACGGAAUGGUACAUCUGAAAACUAUGUAUUUCCUUUAAGUCACUAUAGUACUAUUGCUGAUAAUGUUGGACUUGUGUGAAUACCUUUAAAUUGUCAGGGUUUUAGAGCCCAACUUCUGUUUUUGUAUGUCAUUGUAUAGAAUAUGCCUUUUUCACUCCUUGAAAUUGUGAUAUAUUUUAAAAUUUUGAAAUGGAAUAUUUACUUUUUCAUUAAAAGUAAAGGAGAAUGUU